AUGACGCAUGCGCAGUGUCAUGUGAUGCGCCGCGCCGCCCGCAUCAUGGCCGCCGCCGCCGGGGCCUGUGUCGGUACCGGGGUCGGUACCGGGGCCGCGCCGCGCAUCGGAACCCACGACGGGACCUUCCACUGCGAUGAGGCCCUGGCGUGCGCGCUCCUGCGGCUGCUGCCGCGCUUCCGGGACGCGGAGGUGGUGCGCACCCGGGACCCACAGCGCCUGGCGCAGUGCGAGGUCGUGGUGGAUGUGGGGGGGGAGUACGACCCUGAGCGGCACCGCUAUGACCAUCACCAGAGAUCCUUCACCCAUUCCAUGCGGAGCCUCCGGCCGGACAAGCCCUGGAGCACGAAGCUCAGCAGCGCCGGGCUCAUUUACUGCCACUUCGGCUCCCAGAUCCUGGCCGAGCUGCUGGGGCAGCUGGAGGACGGCCCCGUGGUGGCUGCGCUCUAUGACCAGCUCUACGAGAGCUUCGUGGAGGAGAUCGACGCCAUCGACAACGGCAUCGCGCAGGCGGAGGGGGAGCCCCGCUACGCCCUGAGCAGCACCCUCAGCGCCCGCGUCGGCCGCCUCAACCCGCGCUGGAACGACCCCGACCAGGACACCGAGGCCGGGUUCCAGCGGGCCAUGGAGCUGGUGCGCAGUGAGUUCCUGGAGCGCGUGGACCAUUGCCAGCGGAGCUGGCUGCCGGCGCGGGCGCUGGUGCACGAGAGCAUCCAGCGCCGCUUUGAGGUGGACAGCAGUGGGGCGGUGCUGGAGCUGCCUCAGGCCGGGUGCCCAUGGCAGGAGCUCCUCUUCCGGCUGGAGCGGGAGCUGGCGCUGCCGCAGCCGCUGCUGCUGGUGCUGUUCCCGGACCGGGCCGGGCAGUGGCGGGUGCAGAGCGUGCCCAGGGCGCCGCACUCCUUCCAGAGCCGCCUGCCCCUGCCCGAGCCCUGGCGGGGGCUCCGGGACGAGGCCUUAUCCCGGCUCUCCGGCAUCCCCGGCUGCGUCUUCGUGCACGCCACCGGCUUCAUCGGCGGCCACCGCACUCGGGAGGGGGCCCUGGAGAUGGCCCGGAGGACUCUGGAGCAGCACAAAGGGGAGGAGGCCCCUCCUGGCACCGGCACCCCCAAAGGGACCCUUUGAUGCGGGGAUCAAGGCAUGGGAUGGCAUCGUUGUUAUGGGGCUU